AUUUUUCCCCCUAACAGCAACAAUGGAAGAUAAGAGCAAUGCUGUCACAGGUUUGGCAUCUGCACCGGCAUACUUCUGGAGCUAAGAGGCGGGAGGAGGCUGGGAAGGUGGCCAGCAGAUGAGAGGGGCUUGAUCAGAAGCUGCUGAGAUGUGUGUAAACAUAAGGCACUAAGUUCCUUUCCUUUAAUUCCUUCCCUGUCCUUCUGCCAGGCUAAGCGCUUUCGUCCGGCGAGUGCGUUUGAGAUCAUGGGGAAACUGCAGAGCAAAAUUAGCCGAAACUCCUCCAAACGCAGGGCCAGCAGGUAUGAGGAAGAGCCCCCUCCUGCCAAGGUGGUGCAGCAGCCCUGUCCGGCUCAUUGCGGUGCUGUGGCUUCAGUGGCGUCCCUCACGACUGACCUGUGCGUGUCAGGGGGCAAAGACAAGACUGUUGCUGUUUACAACUGGCGUCAUGGCACCCGGGUCAGGAGGUUCCUAGGUCACGAGCGAGAAGUUACUAAGGUGACCUGCCUCCCAGCCUCCAACUGGCUCUUCAGUGCUUCCCGCGACAAGACGGUGCUGAUGUGGGGGCUCCAGGGGGGCUCUGGGGCAGCCCAGGGCUUCUCAGGGCAUGACCUGGUGGUCACUGGCUUGGCUGUCAGCCCAGUUUUCCAGCAGCUUUGCACAGGCUCUCGUGACAACACUGUCUGCACCUGGGACAUAGAGACAGGGGACUGUUUGCAAAGAGCGUCCAUUUCCAGGAAUCUGGUAACUCAUCUGUGUUGGGUUCCCGGAGAGCCAUAUAUAGUCCAAGCAUCAGAGGAUAAAACAAUUAGGAUCUGGGACAGCCGGGAGCUGCGUGUGGCCCAUGCCUUCCCUGCCAAGCAGCAUAUCCAGACGUCCUAUGUCAGUUCAGACGGGCGGUACUGUGUCAGCGGCAGCAGUGGCACUGGCGGUGAAGGCUGUGAGGCCACGCUCUGGGACCUGCGGCAGGUGAAAUGCCGAGUGCGGGAGUUUUGGGGCCACUCCCAGACCACGGCAUCCUGCAUCUUCCUCCCUCGGGGCCCUGGCCUCCCCGCCAUUGCCACUUCGUCGCAUGACUGCACAGUGAGAGUGUGGAGCCAGGACUCUGGAGCCUGUGUGGCUACCGCCUGCCUUGAAGGAGCCGGGUCUCUCCCUUCGCUGGCCGCCUUCGAGAGCGGUUCGCUCCUCUGCAGCUCCAACUCUGGGAUUCACUUGCUGAAGUUUAGCUCUGCAAAAGGAACGGACCUCCACGAACUGGCCAAGUUCUGAGCCCCAGUGUCGCUGUGUCAGGGCAGAAGGAAAUGGCACAGAGAUGGGGGUGCCUGACCGGAAGACUUCGCAGGAGCUGCAGCAAAAGGACACAGGAUCUGAGCCCUGCUAACAGAAUUGUAGCUCUGCUUAACAGGUUUAGCCACACCCGGUGUAUAAAUGAGGAAGGAAUGGACAGUGGAGUUCCUAACAUGCCCUUCGCUCACUAUUGUGUGGGGAAGAUGGACCAGAUUUUGUAGAAGCACUUUGUGUUUGUGCAUUUGUCAUGUCCUGUAUCUGAGCCAG